GCCCUUUCAACAUCGAUCAGCGCUGCAAUUCUGGUUGUUUACCGCACCAUUAAUAUGCAAUUCCUGCAAGGAGAGAAGGAUAUAGAUCGCAGGUCUUGUGAUAAGGAUGGUACGACCCCUCGAUCAGAUCUAUCGGCAGAAUUGGGCAUCUUGAUGGAAACCUGUGACAGGGUGAUCGAGGUUGUCCGGCGAGCUGUUGAACUUCUCAAAGGCCUGCACGGAAACGAGGUGAAGGCCUAUUUGAGAGACUCAAGCACUACGAAAAGCUACAACGAUAACCAAUCAAACCGCUUCCGAAUACUAUGGAUCAUGUUUGCGUUCCUCGCGUUUAUCCUCUUCGCGACAAAACAUUACGACAACACGACCAAGAUCGCUCAACUUGCAGACAAGCUUGACCAUAUCUCAUCACAUGGAGGCGGUGGUGUCGAGAUUGAAGAUAUUGGAGCGCAGCUUCGGGACCUCUCAGCCAGGUCCGAUUCACACGGACUUCGGCUCGAUAACCUCUGGGAGGCCUGGGAAGCUGCAAACCUUGAUGGAAAGUACCGCAACUCACAGGCCCCAGACGCCGCCAAGAUGCAGAGCUGCAGUGAUUUUGAAAAGAGAUUGAAUAAAUUUCAGCAGGACAUGAUCCAGCUGGAACUGGAAGUGAAGGAAGCGAGGAGGCAUUUCCAUCUAGUUGAUAUACGUCUUAUGCGUCAACUGAAACGUUUUGCAGGAAGGGAAGGCUUGGAGCUUGAGAAGUAGGCAGAGACGACUUCCUGCUCUGUCCAUUGAUAAAAUUGUCAAGGUCGAGCUAGGUUGAAGGGAUGGCUGCAGCUGAGGAGUUUGCUUCUCUCAGGGCUUGUGGCAAGGGAAAUGAUUGCAUCCAUA